UUUCCGGGAAGAUAGCAGCUGCAAUCGUCAUGCUCCGCCCCGCCGUGUCCCGGUCAUAAAUUUCCAAGUUUUGUUUUAUCUUUAGAAAUCACCGCGCUGGUGUUCGACCCUUGAACCGUGAAGAAAUUUCAGGUCAUUAAUUUGGCUUGAAAGUUGCAGGUAGCCAUCAUAUUUACAUACGAGACCGAAAAAGAACUCACCCGAGGAGAGAACAUGUCAAACGUUGGCUGGAUCGUGAAGUCGACAGACACUGCUCGAUCCCCUUCCUCCAAUCUUUUGACGUCUGUUUCAUCGAGGGGGAACCGGACCAGCUCACCCUGGCCGUGUGUCGGUGUACUGCGGGGCAAACCAAAGGUCGUCAUAGGUGUAGUAAUGUUUUUGAUACUAGUUCUUGUAUUUCUACUCCUCCCAAGUUCUAAACAUGGUCGUGCUAGUGGACUGCUUAUUACAGAGGACGUAGACGGAAUAUUCGCCAUGUCAAGUGCUGCGUACAAUAGAACUUACCCAAUCACCAAUCCUGAGAGAACAUUAGACGGUAAGCGUUUUCGCAUCGGACUAAUUUCAGAUUUGGAUCAGAGUUCAAAAUCGACGACGAAAGAUAAUACAUGGAUUGGUUAUUUCUUGAAAGGAUAUCUCACCAUAAACAAUUACUACGAUCAUGUUAGUAUAACGCUCGACAGCGAACCUGCGGUGUUGAAGUCGCAACUAUCGCAGGGAGGUAGGGGGAUGGAGUUGUCCGAGUUGGUGACGUUCAACGGGAAGCUGUAUUCAGUGGAUGAUCGUACGGGUGUCGUCUACGAAGUAAUUGGUGAUACCGUGGUGCCAUGGUUAAUUCUCUCUGAUGGAAAUGGAAAAAUUACAAAGGGGUUUAAAGGUGAAUGGAUGGCCGUGAAGGACCAGAAAUUGUUUGUAGGCGGACUUGGUAAGGAAUGGACGACGACAGAUGGGGAGCUUGUCAACCUGAACCCCCAAUGGGUGAAAUUGAUCAGCUUCCAGGGUGGUGUCGCCCACUUAAGCUGGGUCAAGAAGUACAACGCCAUGAGAGAUGCUGCAGGUGUACCAUGGCCAGGCUACAUGAUCCACGAAUCUGGGGUGUGGAGUGACAUCCACAAGCGUUGGUUUUUUCUCCCCCGUCGAGCGAGUAAAGAGCGUUACACGGAGGCGGACGACGAACACAGAGCCACUAACCUCCUGAUAACCUGCGACGACAACUUCAAGGAGGUCCACGUCAAUAAAAUCGGUGUCUUGAAUAAUAUUCGCGGCUAUUCAUCCUUUAAGUUCAUCCCGGGUACUAAAGAUACGGUUAUAGUGGCGCUUAAAACUGAGGAGGACCGUGGAAAUAUAGCAACGUAUAUUACUGCUUUUGAUAUUUAUGGAAAGAUUCUUGUCGCGGAUACAAAAUUUGCUGAUUUAAAAUACGAGGGUAUUGAGUUUAUAUAGUGGUGGUAGUGUAGAAUAUUUUUAAUAGAACUAGAGGUGCAAAUUUGUUAUUGUUGGAAAGUGUAAGACAAGACGUAGACAAUCUUUCGAGCUUUCUUAUGAAGGUGUUUUAUUUCCUUUGUCCGAACCCCUUUGCUUCUGUUGCUUAGCUAAUCUUUAUCUUUAAACUGUGAGGAGGCUUCCAUAUCAAGGGUAAUUUGAAAUGAUAAAACAGUGGGCACAACAUUGGUAAGAUUGGAAUUAUGAAUGUACACAGAUUUUCACAUAACUGACAUGGUGUGCAAAUGGCCAUAGAGUAGUGGAAAACUUCCUCUGAAAUAGUUUUAUUUGAAAUGCUACAGUUUUUGAGAAAGUAAAACAAUAUUAACGGCGUUAGUUUUGAUUUUGAGAGUUCAAAACCAGAUGUGAAAAACCUAGUUAUCAAGGGGGGCUUUCACAGGUCUGAUAUUUUAUGUAUUAUGUUGGGUCCCCUAAAGUGCAGACACUGGUCUUUGAACAUUCAAAAUGUUGUCUCAGGCUUAAUACGUGCGUAUAAGAAGAUUCACAGAAUUUGCAUCAAAGCUGCAAAUUUAACCACUAAAAAUGGUACAGAACAAUGGAAGGGAGUCUGGGUGAUUGUAGGUACAAGCUGCACCGGUUACAACUAAAAAUGGUCCCGACCAAUGCCAAGGGUUGUGUUACAGACGGUUUUCAGUAAAAAUGCACAAAGCAAAAUCUAUUCAAUUUCUCCCGUACCGAGGAUGUUGCAAAUGGAAAUACUAUAAAAUAUAGGUAUAAAAUAUAUAUAUAUUUUUUUACCACAUGUAGUUGUAAUAGCUCAAUAAUAUGUAUUUAUUACCAGUCAAAUAUUCAGUAGCUUAUCCAACAGCGGAAAAGAUUAACUCUGCAAUUUGGGGUAGGUGCAUCUCAUUAUUGACUUCACACUCAACUGUAUUUAAAGCCAUUGGACCCUUCCGGUACAGACAAAAAAAAAAAAGAAGUUCACAGAUUUACAAAUAACUUACA